CGAACCAUGCCUAUCGUAAACAUAUUGAAGCGUGCCUCGAGCUACAUCCUUGGCAGUGAUGAUGAUGCAGAAGAUGGUUCCACCGAGCUGGUCUACGAAGAUAAUGAAAUAUUGUUCUGCAAAAACAACAUCUGCGUACAUCCGCCCGCCGUAGUACGGCAAGAGUCGGACAUACUGCACUAUCCGGGCUAUCUGACCGUCACGACGAAAACGUUCAUCGAUCAGUACAACAAUGCGAAGCGUCCGACCCUGUUCCUCACCUGGAUACCGAACUCCACGCUCCGCAAAUGUCCCUCAACGGUCGAAAACGUUACCGUGGGCCGUAGUAUUGCCGGUGGUGGUGUGGGUUUAAGCGAGAGCAAACUAAAGCUACAUCUUCAGCAGCAGCAACAGUUGCAUCCAUCCGGAAAAGACAACGGAUCGAGUCAGCAUUUGUCCGCGAAGGGAGCACCACUUCAAGACAAAGGCACCCACGUACCUUCCAUGGGUGAGAAUCCGUUCACAACGACGAUAAAGAUUGCCAACACGAAUCCGUUCCUGGAACCGUACAACGAAACGAUCGCCCAGUCGGCUACGAGCGAUAGCAAAUCAAUGAACUGUUCGGACUAUUCGGAAACGAUCAGCAUCAGCUCCAACUCGGACAAGGUCAGUUUGUGCAACAGUAACGAUUACGAUGGACGGGAUGAGGAGGUGGCCGUUGAACCAGAAGAAGAAGGUGAAGAUGAUGUGGAUGAAGGGUGUAUCAUUACUUCAGAAACGCAUCAUUCCACCGGUGGCCAGGAUGAGCUGGAAACUGAUGAUCCGGAACUGAAGACAGAGCUACAGCCAUUGCUAGACGACGGUAGUGUCAAACUCUCCACAAAUGGUUCCUCGAAGCUACACCAUCAUCAUAAGCUGCCAUCACAAUCGUCGGUCACCUCGGUGAAUAUAACGAUCGCGAGUCCACACAUUCAAAACGUGGACAUCUCCCCGCCGGAAGCAACGCUACCGGCCACCGAACGCUUCCUCCGUUCGCUCUCCAUCACGUCCAGCGAUGAGAACAACCCGAACUGGAUGUCCCCGGAACUGUUGGCGUACAAGCACAAUCUCGCUUUUCCGGAAAGUGCAUCAGCAUCACCGAUCGUUAGCCGCAAGGCACCGCUAAAGUGUCGCCGGUUCUCGGUCGACCUCAGCCAGAUGCGUGCCCUGCGGCUCUUCUUCAACGAUGAACAGUGUACCUCCGGGCAGUUGGUGAUUGCAUCACGCGAAUCCCAAUACAAGAUCCUUCACUUUCACCACGGAGGCUUGGACCAUCUGGCGCAGGUCCUGCACCAGUGGCACUGUCUGCUGCACAACAUCAAGCUUGCCCCGGGUCAGGACGAACCGGCCAACGUACCGUACCGACAGUUUAUGGUCUGCCGGCCGGAAGUUCGACUGGCCGAACUACACCCGGAAGAGGGCAAGGUGUCGAAGAUAACGACCGAUUACUUCUACGGUACGCUGCUAAACGAACGGGGCCAGAUCGAGGAUGAUCUUCAAUUGCGCAAGUGUGUAUUUUUCGGUGGGUUGGAUCGUAGUCUCCGCAAAACCGUGUGGCCAUUCCUGCUGCACUGUUACAGCACUGGUUCGACGUUCGAGGAUAGGGCAGCGCUGGCAGAGAUUCGACGCCAAGAGUACGAGGAGAUAACAAGACGCCGGCUCUACUCAAUGUCCCCGGAGGCGCAGGCACAGUUCUGGCGCACGGUACAGUGCGUGAUUGAGAAGGACGUCGUGCGGACGGACCGUGGCAAUCCGUUCUUUGCCGGUGAUGAUAAUCCAAACAUAGACACAAUGAAAAACAUCCUGCUAAAUUACGCGUUCUACAAUCCGGGCAUGUCAUACACCCAAGGAAUGAGUGAUCUGCUCGCUCCGGUGCUGUGUGAGAUCAAAAGCGAAUCGGAAACGUUCUGGUGCUUCGUGGGACUCAUGCAACGGGCCAUCUUUGUCUGUACGCCAACCGACAACGAUAUUGAUCGUAAUUUGUGUUAUCUGAGGGAAUUGAUCCGGCUUAUGGUUCCUAACUUCUACAAGCACCUGCAAAAGCAUGCCGAUGCGAUGGAAUUGCUGUUUUGCCAUCGUUGGAUAUUAUUGUGCUUUAAGCGCGAGUUCACCGAAGCCGUUGCCAUACGCAUGUGGGAAGCCUGCUGGUCGAACUAUCUGACCGACUACUUCCAUCUGUUCCUGUGUCUCGCGAUCAUUGCUGUUUACGCGGACGAUGUAAUUGCUCAAGAUUUGCGCACCGACGAAAUGCUGCUUCAUUUCAGUUCUCUUGCGAUGUACAUGGAUGGACAGUUGAUUCUGCGUAAGGCACGUGGACUUCUACACCAGUUUCGACAAUUCCCGAAAAUUCCCUGCACAUUGUCUGGGCUGUGUAAGCGCUGCGGUCCCGGUAUGUGGGACUCGGGACAUCAUCCGUCGAUCGAGUGUAUCGGACAUCUGGAUCACGAGACAUGCGCGUUGGCUAUGGAUUAAACUAUUGUUUCGUAUCGUCACGUUACCGUUUUGUCGUACCACCGUUGC